AUGCGCGUCGCGGCAACUGGUGGUGCCACCCCAUCGGCAGCGUCUCCCGCUGGUGACAACGCCUCUACAUCGAGUGAGGUGCGUGCCGCUCGGCGCAUAACAGAGGCCGUUCUCAGUGCACGCGCGAAGCACAAGCUUCAACACCGGCAGCCGUCUCCGCCUACGCCAGUGCCGCCAUCGGUCCGCGCAAAGGCGAAGGCGCCGCGCUCACCGGCGUCGGAUAUAGAGGAAGGGGUUGUGAAGGACACGGUGACGGUGGAGGUGCAAACUGCCGCGCGACUCGCGCUCUCCUACGGCAAGUCCGCCUUCAUGACGCACCUUGUCCACCAGCACGACGACGCCCACCAACGCCCCGGCACAGUCUCUGCGUCGGAAUGGGAUCAGCCGAUGGUGAGCGACGCCGGCGAGCCUGAAGCCUCGGUGAUGACGGCGUCCUCCGAGACAUGUGCGGUGCUGCCCCUUCGUGCCCGCACACCAACGAUCCCGCGCGCCGCCGCUGGAACGCCGGGGCUGCAGAUGGCCAUCGACAAGUGGUGGCGCGACCUCACCGACGAGGCGAGGGUGCGAUGGAUCACAUCGACGCCGCAAGGCCGCCGAGCACUGCAGCAUGCGACGAAGCUCGCAAAGUUUAGGAAUGUCUCUUGUGGCCAAGGUAGAAGCAGCAACUCCGGUGCACACGUGGUGCCCUCCAUGGAGUCCAUGCUAACCAAGUACAAGAACACGCUCGCUCAGCCGCGAUUGCCACGAGCGGCGGCAUUGGCCCCAUCACCCAAGGAAUCGAUUCUCCGAAUGAAGCUACAGGAUGAGAAGGGCGCGUCUGUAAGCCCAAGCUCGAAGCCGACCACGGUGUCCAGCGCCUUAGCUGGCAUGAUGCACGCUGCGUCCGAAAACAACGCGAACCGUCGCCUCCUGCGCGACAGGGCCGAUGCAGUGCGACGCGAGGAGCAGAGAAAGCUGUGGCACCAGGCACUCGUUCAGUUCCUCGGCGGCGCGUCAGCGUUUACGUUUGUCCACGACGUGAAGGAUCUACAGCAGCCUCGCACAGAGGCGGAGCAGGCGGUGAAGCGAGAGCCAGGUGCCCAAAGUGGAGGAGGAGCCGGGCGUGCUACUACAGUGGCGCCGAACACACCGGCGGCGACAGCCACUGGUAACGCGACACCGGAAGAGAUGGCGGAUGACGGCGCGCCAGUCGCCUUUUCCGACGGCCUGCUGGAUAUGUGUGAAGGCCUUGGUAUCCGCAGCCCGCGGCGUGCGUAUGUUCUCUCACGUGUCUUGCCUGAAGUCGAUGCAGCGAACGCCUCUGAGGGCCCGCCGCUUUCGUUAGCGGAGGUGCAAGACUUGGCGAAGAAGUGUUCCACCGAGUACGACGAGCUCCGCGACGACGCGAUGCGGACGGCGCGGGAGACCGGCUCUGCCUCUGCCGAGGAUGCCGUCCGUGCCUUCGAGCGAGAGCAGCUGGCGCUCGCGGUGGCGCGCGUGCAGAAAAAGCUAGUCAUGUUCCAAGAAAAUCUCCCGCUGCUGAAGAGGUGCGUGAACGUCCUUAGCAAGUAG